AUGCUGCAGUGCUGCCUGCUGCGUGACAGCGACGAGCGAGCUCCCUCCCAAUCUGAUUCCGUCGGAUCCCGCGAGUGGCGGCAGCUGAAAGUGGCACUCAGGGUCACAUGCCACAAAGGCCAGUUUACGGCGUUUCAGCAGCCGAGAGUGGCAAGUGUGGCACUGCAUCGGCUCAAAGGUGCGCAGGAUAGCGGUUAUGCCUCGGCUUUAGAGUGGUGCGUACUGACGCUCUCUGUUUACCUUCCAAUGCCAGGCAAAGCGGUCUCUAAUUCCUCUGAGACUUCAACAGCUGGGCCUAACACGCCCGACGAAGACAUCGACGCUGCUGAGGACCUGCUUUGGCGCAUGCGGGCAGCCCAUACCACAAAUGACACUCUCUCUCGACUCUCUGAGAACCCUAACUUCGCACGCCGAUAUCAUCCCGCAGAAGCCAUCGAUUCUCUUACUUGUCUCCUUGAGGGCUUCACCCCCGAUGGUAGUUCGGCCCUGCCGUUUGGCAUCGAUUUCGCUGCCGAGCAUGGAGUACAACUGCGGAGCAGCGAGCAGAAUUAUCGAAAUGUCGAUCGCGCGGUUGUAUGUCACAUCAUGGAUCUGACGCAUAUCUACACCGCGUUCUCCCUACUGGAAUAUCCGGAGCUGUGGAGAGGACCGGGAGUCUGUGACCCAUUGCUGACCUUUUCGGAAACCGUCGGACUCGCCACGUACGCCUACUACCGAUGUACGACUCAGCGAGCUCACAGGGUGGUACCUCGAUCCGUUUGCGCAUACAACCAAGGAGGAGAAGAGGACAGCUAUUCAUCGGAUGAUUGA